GGCUGCUGAGAAUCAAGAAGAGUGAAAUGGAGCUUGCCACUGUGAAGUCUGAAUUGAACCCAAGAAGUCACCGGUUACUCAUGAUAGAUGGUGAGACUAAUGGCACUAAGUGUGUCAAAAGGCGGCGAAGAGAUUCAUCUGUAGCACUGUUAGUGGGCAAUGAACAACAAGGUGAACAAACAGAAGAAAAGCAACCAUUAGGUGGCCAAUCAACCACCCCCACAGUGAAAAGAAGCUCAAGGUUCAGGGGUGUUAGCAGACACAGGUGGACUGGAAGGUUUGAAGCCCAUCUAUGGGAUAAAGGGACCUGGAAUCCAACUCAGAAGAAGAAAGGAAAGCAAGUAUAUUUGGGAGCUUAUAAUGAUGAAGAAGCUGCUGCUAGAGCUUAUGAUUUGGCUGCACUCAAGUACUGGGGAACUUCAACUUUCACAAAUUUCCCUGUACCUGAUUAUGAGAAGGAACUUGAGAUAAUGAAAACUGUAACCAAAGAAGAAUAUCUAGCUUCAUUGAGAAGGAGGAGCAGUGGUUUUUCUAGAGGUGUAUCAAAGUAUAGAGGAGUAGCAAGGCACCAUCACAAUGGAAGAUGGGAAGCAAGGAUUGGGAGAGUGUUCGGCAACAAGUACCUCUACCUUGGGACUUACAGUACACAAGAAGAGGCAGCUCGCGCAUAUGAUAUUGCAGCAAUAGAAUAUAGAGGCAUAAAUGCAGUGACAAACUUUGACUUGAGCACCUACAUCAGAUGGCUAAGACCAGGAGCACAAUCUACUACUUCUCAAGAGCAAAAGCCAGGCACAGACCCUCAACCCUAUGCAAACUCUAACUCCAUCCAAACCAGAGGAAACACUGAUGUAACCGACUCCAACAUCCAGCCAUUCCCCACAGGUGAAUUGGACAGUACCAAGAAGCAAGACCUUUUCAACCACAUGGCCCCUUUAAGUCCUUGCAAUAAGUCAUCUUCCCCAACAGCAUUAGGACUUCUCCUAAAAUCCUCAGUGUUCAGAGAACUGAUGCAGAGAAAUCUGAAUUCUUCUAAUGAAGAAGCUGAAGAAGUUGAAUUGAAAUACCCUCAAGAGGGCAGUGAUGGGAUUGGAGGGAUAUUUGAUAUUGAUGUCAGCAGUAACUCUUACUUGUGCCCUUCCAAUAUCAACAAAUUACCUAACUUGGAGUCACCAGAAGAGAGGACAUUGCCUGUGUAUCAUAGAACUGUGCAAUCCCUAUGGAAUGGUGAUUUCAACAUUUCUAACAGAUAA